UUCCCCUGUGGUGUUCCUCCACCCAUUUAUCGCUGCUGCUUGUCAAACGUUUUGCAACAAGUCGGAUUUUCACACGAAGAUGUUUACUUAUGUCUUUACUAGUAUUUUGGCGGCUUUGCUGCCUCUUCUUUUCUAUCAGAGAAUAUAUUAUCCCUUUUUGUGGGUAGAUUUAAAGUAUUAUUUGAAACUCCGGAUGUACAGAAAGUCGUUGCAAGCUCGCAUGCAGCAAGGAAUCAUCACAUAUUUGGACUGCUUUCUCCUCCAGGCGAAUAGGAACCCGAACAAGCCCUUCAUUAUCUUUGAAAACCAGAUGCUAACGUAUCAAGAUGUGGACCUCAGAAGUAAUCGGUUCGCGAACGCAUUCAGGCAGGCACCUUUGAAACAAGGAAACAUUGUUGCUCUCUUGAUGUGCAACGACCCGGAUUUUAUUUGUGUGUGGCUCGGACUGAGUAAACUGGGAUGUGAAGUCGCGUUUCUUAACACGAACAUCAAAGCCAAGUCUUUGCUUCACUGCAUUGAGAGCUGUGGAGCUAAGACCCUUGUUGUCGGCACAGGUUUGGAUCAUUUGGUGAAGGUAGUCCUGCCUGACCUGCAGAAAGACAACAUAACUGUGUGGGUAGUACAUCACUCACCACUGAGUGAGGGUUUCAUCAGUUUACUGGAUAAGGUAGAGAACAUGUCAACAGAAAACAAAUGUGAGCCACUCAAAGUCGACAUCAUGUCCAACUUCCUCUUCAUAUUUACAUCGGGAACCACAGGUUUCCCAAAGGCAGCACGUGUGGGUCAUCUUAAAGCCAUUAUGAGUAUGGCAUUCUUUCAGAUGUGCGGAGCUACAUCUGAAGACAUCAUCUAUAUCACGCUUCCUCUUUACCACAUGUCUGCUUCACUGUUAGGCAUUGGAGGAUGCAUACAGCUUGGUGCAACUUGUGUUUUAAAGAAGAAGUUUUCAGCCAGUCAGUUUUGGAAGGACUGUGUGAAAUACAAUGUGACAGUGGUGCAGUACAUCGGAGAGCUCUGUCGAUAUCUGGUCAACCAUACUGUGGUUCCAGAAGAGAACAGUCACAGUGUUUGGCUUGCAGCAGGCAGCGGGCUUCGAUCAGAUGUGUGGAAUGCAUUUGCCAGACGCUUUCGUACAAUCAUCAUCAGAGAAGGUUAUGGUUUAACUGAGGCCAGCAUUGGCUUCCUCAACUAUACCGAUGAGGUUGGACCCAUUGGGAGAGCAAGCUAUUUCAACAAGCUUUCAGUACCAUUUGAACUCCUGAGAUAUGACACACAAACAUAUGAACCGUUCAGAACAUCGUCUGGAAGAUGUGUACGAGCACCGAUUGGUGAUGCCGGUAUCCUGGUUGCUCCUGUGACAGUUAUGAAUCCGUUCUUGGGUUACGCUGGAAAUAAGGUCCAGUCUGACAAGAAGUUGAUCAAGGAUGUGUUUGUGAUGGGUGAUGUCUAUUUUAACACUGGAGACCUCCUGAUGCAGGACAACAGAAAUUUUCUUUACUUUCGUGACCGCAUCGGGGACACUUUCAGGUGGAAAGGAGAAAACGUGUCCACUAUGGAGGUUUCUGAGGUUUUAUGUUUUCUCAAUUUUAUUCAAGAGGCCAAUGUUUAUGGAGUCACAGUACCAGGGUAUGAAGGUCGAGUUGGCAUGGCUGCUAUUGUUUUAAAACGGGGGCUCACAUUGCAUGGUCCAAAACUCUACGACCACUUGGUCGAAACCCUUCCUGCAUUUGCCUGGCCGUGGUUUCUCAGAAUACAGACCUCUCUGGACGUGACUGAGACUUUUAAGCAACAGAAGGGGAAGCUGGUCCAGGAAGGAUUUAACCCAGAAAUCACAAAGGAUAACCUGUAUUUCUUAGAUAUCACUCAGAAGGACUAUCUCCUCCUCAAUGUGUCUCUAUAUGAGGAUAUUGUACACGGGAAAAUCAAACUAUAGUUUCUGAGAAAAUUAUCUGACGAGUAAUAAGCAUCACAUUAGAGCAAUAGUAAUUAAUCAUUUAUAAAUACAGUGAUCCCUCGCUAUUUCGCGGUUCGUUUAUCGUGGCUUCAGUGCAUCGCGGAUUUUUUCAAACAUAUUCGUAAAAAAAAAAAAAAAAAGGCCGCAAACGGUCCGGGAGAAGCAGCGAAAGUCAGCAAAACAACAGCGAGUCACAUAGAGCAGUGUUUUCCAAACUUUUUUGAGCCAAGGCACACUUCUUUCAUUGAAAAUAAUCUCGCGGGACACCACUAGCUGAAAAUGUGACACCCCUCCCCCGCUUAUUUUAACAUUUAACGUAUUACAUUGUUACUAUAACAUUGAAGAAUGACGUUAUAACAGCUUGAAUUGGAAUCAAAUGAACACAAAGAAAACAGUAUUUUAUCAUCUUUCAUAUUUAUUGUUUCACCGUUGUCCUGCAUUCAUGCGUCACAAAUUCGCUUGUCUCUCGUCGAAACACAAGGCAGUUGGCUAGCUGCUGCUGCUCCCUAGCGGUAUGGGAGGUUACUACAUGAUUACUUUCUGGGCAAAAGACCGCACAGGCAUACAAAUUGGAUAUUUUCCCGCGGCACACCUGACAAUGUCUCGCAGUACACCAGUGUGCCGCGGCACACAGGUUGAAAAACACAGAGCAACAUAUACAGUACAGACAUGUACAUGUUUACUGUAUUUUGUUAUUCAUACACUAACCUAACCUAACUUAUAUAUGUUUAAGUCUAUUUGUAUACAGCAUUUUGUAAUGUUAAUUACGACAAAAUUUACUUUACAAAAAUACUUUACAUGCAUGUAUACCAUUCAAUUUGGCCUUAAUAAAUAGUUUUUGUACUCAUACACAUGUACGUGUACCUAUAUGGCGGGUCGCUACUUUGCGGAUUUUCGUUUAUCGCGGGGGGUGUUUUGGUCCCCAUUGACCGCGAUAAACGAGGGAUUACUGUGGUUAUUUAGCAAUUAGGGCAGUGUGUUAUUGAGAAACCUGCAAUAUAUGGUAUGGGUGUUGAAUUUUGCGAUGGACAUUAUUACAAUAUUUAAUGUACCUUCAGAAAGUAGAUUUUUAUUAUGUAAUGAAAUAAAUAAUUUAAUGAGACAAAAUAACCAGG